AUGUUUUACUUAGGAGGUACCUACACGAAAAUGGCGGCGGCGGCGGUGGUGGUGGUGGUAUUGGGGUUGGCAACAACUCUUUACGGUGAAGAAUUAACGGGUAAUAACGAAGAAUCAGAAUCGAAAAAAAUUGAAUUUAAAGAUGAGUCUGCUACGGUGAGUGGUAAUGGUGAAAAAACUAAAAGAGGAGUUGUUAAAAUAAGCAAUGCAGAUCAUCCAUCGUUUAAUUACUUGUCGUCAUCAAGUUCAAGUUCUUCAAAUGUUGUCGGAGCUGGUGCCAGCGGGAAUAACGGUGUUUAUAAAUCAUUAUUAUCACCAAACGUUCCUCCUUUCCGGUACAUUCAAAAUAAUAAUUAUCAACAACCUUUUGCUGCUGGAACAUACGUACAACCUUCUCAACAUUCGGCUGCACAAUUUGCAUCCCAAUAUUCCUUUCAAACCUCACCUUUAACUCAUUAUUUUCAAACACCGAAUCAAUUGCAAUACGUUUCUCCAUCCCCCGCCGUCACAGUCACUCAAGCACCCCUAAUGAAAUUUCAAACGUUUAACGGAAAAGAAUUUUCUUCUUCGGGUGGUGUAACAUCCGAUUAUUCAUCAUCAGCAUCCGUGCCUCAACAUUCCGUUCAAUCUCAUCAAAGCUCGACGGCGGUUUCUAAAGGUUCUUCCGCAUCUGUAUCCGCAUCAGCAGACGCAAAACAAUUACCCUUGUAUCAAAUGGCACAACCAUUUUACUACACACAACAACCAUUUUUUAUGUUUUUCGUCCAACCCCAAACAUCCGCCGCUGCCACGAAUUUCUUGUAUCAACAACAGCAACCCGGUUUCAACUACUUUUUUAAACAACAGCCACAAUUUUACACUUUUCCAACAUCGAGUCAAUUUGGAGUAUAUCCGACAGGACAAGCUAAUCAGUUUACUUAUUUAUUACCAAUGACCGUUGCUCAAAGUGGUGUCACAACAGGAACAACAACAGGAAACGAAAUUAAAACAACAACAAAAUCAUUAAAUUCUAUAAAUAGCCAACAGCAAUCAUCAUCUUAUAAUCACAAAGGAUAA